UCAACUAUGCCUUCUUCUUCUUUAAGCACCAUCUCCGUCUUCACCCUCACGUCUCUUCAAACCCUACUACCAACUUCUACUUCUACUACUACCACUACUACCUGCUCCGGCGACGGAGACGGCGACGGUGGAGUUAUUGGAGAAUGGCGGGGGCGAUGCGGUUUGGCCGGGCGGCGGUAGGGGCGAAGCGGGCUCCACUUGGGUUCUGCGCCAAGAUUUCCAUGGCGGUUUUCCUUGCUCUCUCUUUCGUCGUCGUCUGGUCCAUCUUCUCCUCCCCUGCUUCCUUGGUUUCCUCUGAGCGUAGCUCCUUCUCUGACCUCCCUGAUCUUGUGCCAUCCUACCCGUUGCCACGCCGGAAUGCUACUAGAUCGCCGGUGUUGAAGCGUUCCCCUCCACCUCCUCCUGUGAAGGAUGUGGAAAUUGAAGCCAAGGAUGCACUGGUGAAGGAGAAGGAGAAGGAGAAAGAGAAAGAGGAGGAGAAGGAGGAGGUGGUGGAGGUGGAGGAGCAGCAAGAUGAGGGUUUGAAUGGGGACGAUGGAGUGGAUGUGGAUUUGGAAGAGGGGGUGGAUGUGAAUCCGGAAGAGAGUGGUGAUGAGGAGAAGAAGAUGGAGCAAGGGAAGAAGAAGAAGAAGAAGUUAGGGCCAUUGUUUGAUUCAUCUGCUAGGUAUGAUUGGAAGCUUUGUGGUGGGAAUGGCUGGCAGAACUAUGUGCCUUGUGUGGAUACUGAGAAUUUGGGGUCUGGCAAGAACCUGAGGCAUCGGCGCCAUGAACGGAGCUGCCCAAAAUUGCCAUUGAUGUGCUUGGUGCCGCUUCCAUCUGGAUAUGAACCGCCGUUGCCAUGGCCUGAGAGAGCAUCAAAGGUUCUGUAUAGGAAUGUUGGUCACCCAAAGUUGUCGGCUUUUGCUAAGACUCGGAGUUGGUUGAAUAUGUCAGGAGAGCAUCUGUUGUUUCCUCAGGGUGAGGCUGAGUUCAAGGGUGGUGCUCAUCAUUAUGUCAAUUCCAUUGAAGAGAUGGUACCCGACAUUGAGUGGGGAAAGAAUAUCCGGAUUGUGUUAGAUGUUGGGUGUGUGGAUGCUAGCUUUGGUGCUACACUACUUGAGAAAGAUGUGCUAACAAUAUCUUUGGGGCUGAUGAAUGAUGAGACAGAUCUAGCUCAGCUUGCUCUCGAGCGAGGGAUACCUGCGGUUGUAGGUAAUUUGGGAACAAGAAGGCUUCCAUUUCCAAGUGGGGUGUUUGAUGCUAUUCAUUGCAGUGAAUGCAGCAUAUCGUGGCAUUCUAAUGGCGGGAGGCUUCUCCUUGAGAUGAAUAGAAUCCUGCGCCCUGGUGGAUACUUCAUACUGUCAACUAAGCAUGGAGAUGUUGAAACUGAAGAAGGCAUGUCAACAUUGAUGGCAUCAAUAUGCUGGAAUGUUCUAGCUCAUAAAACAGAUGAAAUCAGUGAGGUAGGUGUUAGGAUAUAUCAGAGACCAGCAUCAAAUGAGAUUUAUGAUCUUAGAAGGGCAAAGCAACCCCCUUUCUGCCAGGAAAAUGAAAACCAAGACAUUGCUUGGUACACACCAGUAAAACCAUGUUUGCACAAAGUCCCUGUUGCUAUUGAAGAACGGGGGUCUGAUUGGCCCGAGGAAUGGCCCAAGAGGCUUGAAACAUUUCCAGAAUGGCUGGGUGAUUCUCGAGCUAAAUUGACUGCGGAUGAUGAACAUUGGAAAGCAAUUAUUGACAAAUCCUAUUUAAAUGGAAUGGGUAUUGAUUGGACAAAAGUUCGAAAUGUAAUGGAUAUGAAAGCCAUCUAUGGAGGAUUUGCAGCUGCUCUUGCGUCACAAAAGGUGUGGGUGAUGAAUGUAGUUCCGGUGCAUGCUCCAAAUACUCUUCCUAUCAUUUUUGAGCGUGGACUUAUGGGUCUCUACCAUGAUUGGUGUGAACCAUUCAGCACUUACCCAAGGUCCUAUGACCUCUUGCAUGCUGAUCAUCUGUUUUCACGGCUCAAGAAUAGAUGCAAGCAGCCGGUCGUCAUCAUAGUUGAGAUGGACCGAAUACUAAGGCCCGGAGGUUGGGCGAUAAUUCGUGAUAAGCUGGAGAUCCUUAACCCAUUAGAGGCAAUUUUGAAGUCCCUGCAUUGGGAGAUCAGGAUGACCUAUGGCAAAGACAAAGAGGGUAUUUUUUGUGUGCAAAAAACAGCAUGGAGACCCUCAUUCAGUUGUUUCAGGGAGAGUGCUCGGAAGGCUGCCAAUCUCCGAGAUGAUCUCACGGAUAUCAUGGUUGAUACCACUGAUGGGAUAGAUUUGAAUGAGCUCGGGUUAAAUGGAGAACGUGGUGGUGUGACACAAGAGAAUGAUAGCCAACAACUUGAAAAUGAAGAUGAUAUGGCAACACAAGAUGUUCAAGAAUUGGAUGAGGAGGAAGCGUUUCGAUAUUACUUGGAUUAUGCAAAGUCUAGAGGUUUUGGGGAAAGAGCCAAGUUGGCAGACAAAAGGCAGUUGGGAAAAAUUGUUCAAAGACGUAGAGAUACAAGGGCAAAUUGCCAAGCUCGGAUGGUAGUGUCAAAAAUGAAGAAUGGGUUGUGGACAGUAAAGACCUUUGAAGAUGUUCAUAACCAUCAUUUACUAAGAACUCCCUCUAAGCACAUUGGGAGAAAUUCAAUGAAGUAUUUAGUAGAAUUGAAGAGCAAAGAUGGUUUUAUGAGGGAUUACACUAACUGGUUGCAUCAUAGUGAAUCGAUUGAAGCAUUCGAGGAUAGAUGGGGUGAACUUAAGGCAACAUACAACAUUGAUGAUAAACACUGGUUGAGUAGGAUGUAUGAAAUUCGGAGCAAAUGGGUUUCUCUAUAUUGGCAAGAUACAUUCACAGUAGGAAUGACCACUACACAACGUAGUGAAAGUAUCAACUCAUUUUUUGAUGGCUUUGUUAAUGCACAAACUCCACUGGAUGAAUUUGUUAUGCAAUAUGAUAAGGCUAUGUCAGCUCGAAGAAAUGCUGAAGAAAGCAAAGACUUUAAGACUUUAAAUUCUAUAGCUAACUUUUAUACGGGUCAUCCAAUUGAGAGACAUGCAAGAGAAGUGUAUACAAGAGUUGUGUUUAAUACUUUUCAGGUAGAAUUGCAAGAAAGUGAUAGUAUGCUUACUGAACGCAUUCGAAAUGGGUCCGAUAAGGCUAAAUAUGCAAUUUGCAAUCAUGUUGUUCAACCAAACCCAAAAGGUUUAAGAACCCAAACCCUCUUCCUUCUUCUCCAUCUCUCCAAAGUCCAAACCUCCUUCUCCUUUUUCCCGCCCAAGCCCUCGCCAUUCUCCGUAAUUACGAUCAUGCCACCAUCCCUCCUCCCCGCCCGUCUCGCCCUCUCCGCCCUCCUCUCCUUCUCCUCCCUCUUCUUCUUCUACCAAUCCCGCCGUCUCCGGCAUCUCCGCCGCCUCUCCUCCUCCCCAAACCCUAACCCUAAGAUCCUCUUUGCUUCCCAGACUGGCACCUCUGAAGCCCUCGCUCGCCGCCUUGCUUUACUGCUACGUUCCUCCGGCUUUGGCGUUGAUCUCGUUGAUCCACGGCAGUAUGAGCCUGAGGAUCUACAGCGAGAAACCCUUGUGUUGAUUGUCGCCUCGACUUGGGAGGAUGGGAAGCCCCCCGGGAAUGCUGCGUUUCUUGCUCGCUGGCUUUCUGAGAGUGCGGAGGAUUUCCGGGUUGGGUCUUUGAUUUUGUCUCGUUGCCGGUUUGCGGUGUUUGGGGUUGGGUCAGGGUCGUAUGGACAGAGCUUCAAUGCUGUUGCGAGGGAUUUUGCGAGGUGGAUUAGGGCGCUUGGAGCGGUGGAGAUGGUGCCGGUUUGUGAGGGGGAUGUGGAUUCUGGGGAUUUGGAUGAGGUUUUUGAGUCGUGGAGUGGGAGGGUUUUGGAGUUGUUGAAGGGUGGUGGUGGUGGUGGUGGUGGUGGUGUUGGGGAGGAUGAGAAGGGUUUGGAUGUGAGAGCUGAGAGUGAUGGGUUUGAUGGAUUGGAAGAGGAUGAUGAUGAAGAUGAGGAGGUGGUUGAGCCUGAGGCUGUUGAUAUGGAGGAUAUUGCCGGUAAGGCUCCAUCGAGGAGGUCUUCUGGGGUUUUGACAAAUGGGGUUUUGAAGAAUGGGGAGAAUGGAGUUAAGGAAAUGGUGACUCCGGUCAUCAGGGCGAGCUUGGAGAAGCAGGGAUAUAAAAUUAUUGGUACUCAUAGUGGAGUUAAACUCUGUAGAUGGACUAAGUCACAGCUUCGAGGUCGUGGAGGAUGCUACAAGCACUCAUUCUAUGGGAUAGAAAGUCACAGGUGCAUGGAAGCAACUCCGAGUUUGGCUUGUGCAAAUAAAUGUGUUUUCUGUUGGAGACAUCAUACAAAUCCUGUUGGAAAAAGCUGGCGAUGGAAGAUGGAUGAACCAUUGGAAAUUGUGAAUGGCGCCAUCGAUCAGCAUACUAAGAUGAUCAAGCAAAUGAAAGGUGUCCCAGGAGUAAAGCAGGAACGAUUAUUAGAAGGUCUUUCUCCUAGGCAUUGUGCAUUAUCCCUCGUUGGUGAACCUAUUAUGUAUCCGGAGAUAAAUACCAUAGUUGAUGAGCUGCAUCGGAGACAUAUCUCUACCUUUUUGGUUACAAAUGCCCAAUUCCCCGAAAGAAUUGAGAUGUUGAAACCAGUUACCCAGCUAUAUGUAAGUGUAGAUGCUGCUUCAAAGGAGAGCCUGAAGGCUAUUGAUAGGCCACUCUUUGGUGAUUUUUGGGAGCGUUUUCUUGAUUCACUGAGAGCUUUGCGAGACAAAGAGCAAAGAACGGUGUACCGGCUAACUCUUGUUAAAGGGUGGAAUGCAGAAGAUGUGGAUGCAUAUUCUAAUUUGUUGUCAAUUGGGAAGCCUGAUUUAGUUGAAAUCAAGGGUGUCACAUACUGUGGCUCGUCUGCCACUUCAAAGCUGACAAUGGAGAAUGUACCGUGGCAUUCUGACGUUAAAGCCUUUUCAGAAGCCAUGGCUGCCAAAAGCAAUGGUGAAUAUGAAGUUGCUUGUGAGCAUGUGCAUUCUUGCUGUGUACUUUUGGCGAAGGUUGAUAAGUACAAGAUAAAUGGUCAGUGGUAUACGUGGAUCGACUAUGACCGAUUCCAUGAGCUGGUGGCAUUGGGAAAACCUUUCAAAAGUGAAGACUACAUGGCUCCAACACCUACUUGGGCUGUGUACGGUGCAGAUGAAGGAGGAUUUGAUCCACAUCAGUCACGAUACAAGAAAGAAAGACGCCACGGAGAUGCGGCCCGAAGAUAGCAGAGGCUUCGUUAACUGGUGCGAAACUGUGUUAAUUAACACAUCUGCAAUCCUGGACUUAGCAUGAUAUGCAAGUCUAACUGCUUUUUAUGCAACCGGAACACGCUCAGUUUUCUAUUGUAGUUUUAUUUUCUAUAUUGUUCCUGCAGGAUGGUAAAUGAUUUCAUUUUCAUUAAAAGUAAAGAAUAACUCGAUUUCAUGUA